CUGUGGUAGUGAACCGAAGGGCGGACUGGAAACAACUGUGCGCAGCCAAAAUGCCUUCCUCAGCAUGGGGACUGCUCUAUUUCAUAGGCAUCCUAGCAUCGGGAACUCUGGGAAGUGUUCCGCAAUUCGGGUCACGCAACCGCAAGAUUCACUCUAUUAGUCCUUUAAUCCCACGAGUGUCCUCGCAGUUCCCUCCGAGGACCUUUCGUCGCUUUGAAAAUGUCAAAUCUAAUAAACAAACCUCUGAUGGGGUACCGAGUGCUGAAUCUUUUCAAGAGGUCCAGCUGGAGGUUCACACACCGCGGGGCUUCCAGCAGCAGCCGCAGCCGCAGCAGCAGCAGCAGCAGCCGCAGGGAGCCCGACCAGGUGCAAACAACCUGAGGCCAGGCGGAAGGAGAGCGGACAGUGGAGCAACAAGGUCCAACUGCAGAAAUCGUCCAAUUGACUUGGUCUUCAUCAUAGACAGCUCCCGCAGUGUACGCCCUGCUGAAUUUGAGAAGGCCAAGGAGUUCCUGCAAGACACAGUGGACAGCCUGGAGAUUGGCUCAGACGCCACGCGAGUCGGCCUGGUCAAUUAUGCGAGCACAGUGCAGAUUGAGUUUCUCCUGAAGACGUAUUUUGACAAAUCUGCACUGAAGCAGGCUCUGGCUCGAAUUGAGCCCCUCGCUUCAGGAACCAUGACAGGCAUGGCCAUCAAGACUGCUGUGGAGAAAGCUUUCACUGCUGAGGCUGGAGCCCGGGUUAGCUCCAUGAACAUUGCCAAAGUAGCAAUCAUAGUGACAGAUGGGAGGCCCCAGGAUAAGGUAGAGGAUGUAUCAGCAGCAGCUCGGGCAUCUGGGAUCGAGAUCUAUGCAGUGGGAGUAGAUAGAGCUGAUAUGAUGUCCCUCCGCCUCAUGGCCAGCCAGCCACAUGAUGAGCAUGUCUUCUAUGUUGAGACCUAUGGCGUCAUAGAGAAGCUCACUUCCAAAUUUAGGGAAACCUUGUGUGGUAAGGAUGAUGAUGAUGGGAGUUCGGAGAUUCCAUUAGAUGGCGGAAUUGAUGAUAAUGGACUAGGCCUAGAUGGCAGAAAAGACGGAAUAAAUAAUGAAAAUGAUGGUAAUGGAAACAACGGUUUGGAUCCAUGUGCUCAGGGACACAAUUGCCAGCACAUUUGUGUCAACAAUGGAAACUCAUACGACUGCAAGUGUCGCACCGGCUAUGUCUUGAACACAGACAAGAAAACAUGCUCACGUUUGGAUUCAUGUUCCCAGGGACAUGAUUGCCAGCAUAUUUGUGUCAGUGCUGAUGAUUCAUACAUCUGCAAAUGCCGAAUGGGAUAUGUUUUGAAUGCAGAUCAGAGCACAUGCUCACCUAAGAACCUGGAAUUUUCAGGUUCGGAUACAUGUGACCAGGAACAUGACUGCCAGCAUUUUUGUGUCACAAAUGGUGAUUCAUACAUUUGUAAGUGCCAUGAGGGAUAUAUAUUGAAUGCAGACCAGAAAACCUGCUCACGUUCAGAUACAUGUUCUCAGGGACAUGACUGUCAACAUAUUUGCGUCAGCAAUGGUGAAUCAUACACCUGCAAGUGUCGAGUGGGAUAUGUCUUGAAUACAGACCAGAAAACAUGCUCACGUGCUGGUCCAUGUGCCAUUGGACAUGAUUGCCAGCAUAUUUGUAUAAACAGUGGUGACUCCUACACUUGCACUUGUCGAGUGGGAUUUAUUUUGAAUCAAGACAAGAAAACGUGCUCAAGUUCAGAUACAUGUGCCCAGGGACAUGACUGUCAACAUAUUUGUGUCAGCAAUGGUGAAUCAUACACCUGCAAGUGUCGAGUGGGAUAUGUCUUGAAUCCAGACCAGAAAACAUGCUCACGUUCAGGUUCAGAUGCAUGUGCCCAGGGACAUGACUGCCAGCACAUCUGUGUCAACAAUGGCAACUCUUACAUUUGCAAGUGUCGAGUGGGAUUUGUGUUGAACAUGGAUCAGAAAACAUGCUCACGCUCAGAUGCAUGUGCUCAAGGACAUGACUGCCAGCAUAUUUGUAUCAACAAUGGUGAUUCAUACAACUGCAAAUGCCGAGUGGGAUAUGUGUUGAAUGCAGACCAGAAAACAUGCUCACAGGAAAUGAGAGGUGAAAUUACUCAGGAUGCAUGCAUGUGUGAAGCUCAGAUUGUUUUCCAGAAGAAAGUACAGUCAACUAUUCAGGAGCUGAGCCGAAAACUUGAUGAACUUUCAAACAAAGUGGACCUGAUUGAGGGCCAACAGCAGUAUUAAGAACAGUGAUGAAAAUGUGAGAAGACAUGUUAAGGACGAGUAGGGUAUCUUUGUAUUUUUGAUCAGCUUAAGUCAUUUACUCUCUAAAUCUCUUUCAGAUAAAUAUAUUCUAUAAUUUGGUAGAGGUCUACAUCGUAUUGAUUACUUUUUUGUACUGUAAACCUGCAUAUUGAAUUCACAUCAAUGUCAGUUAAUGCUUCUUACAGUAUAGUCAGGUAUAACUGGUCAAAAUGUUUACAUACACAGUGUUAGAAAUUCUAGAUUUCCUGUUAAUAUUGUAAGCCCUUGAGUUAAGACUCAUGAAAGAAUUAUUAAACAUGGUAAAUUUUUACUUUCAUGAUAAAUGUUUUUUCUUUUUGUGGAGAAAGAGUUGCACCACGUCCCAGUUGUGUAUGUAAUACUCUAAGACUAUUUCUUGGUCCGUGCUCUAGGUCUUUAUCCAUAAUCAUAACACAACUAAUCUCUUAUACAACAAGAGCAUUGUUAUUAACCUUUUGUUUAAAGCACUAUUACAGAGAGGUCAAAUUGGCUCAUGGCCCUGUUACAUCACAGUGAAUUACUAUGAUCCCUUCCUUUGAUACCUGAAAACUUUAUUUCACAAUAUUGAUUGGUAAUUAUUAUUUUGUUUGUUAGAGACAGGUGCUAUUGUUUUCGGGGGAGAAACUGUUUGGGGACUUCAAGGAUAACUGGACUGAUUCAGUAGUUACUUUGCAGACUUGGCAAAGUCCAGGCCAUUAAAAACUAUGUUCAGUGCACUAAGUAUUGAAAUCAUGAGACUUUCCAUUGAGAUACUCAGUCUUUGUGACCAGUUAAAACUGUAUUUCACUGUACGGUAUUUUUGUCAUAGACACACAAACUGUGUUUUCUGCUUUGUAAUUUGAACAAACUGACAGUGCUGUGCAUGACAUAUUUUUGGUGCUUUUGUGUUAGAAAUAACGUGUAUAUUUUCUAUUGGGAAAAGAGUUGCCUAUGGAGAAUAAAUAUUCUGA